CCGCGGUGGACGUCCGAUUCACUUUACUGUGGUUAUUAUUAUUAUUGGCCCACUACCGAGGGGAUAGAUCGGCUUCUUCGUCCCAUUGUACUGUACGGUUAAUAGAACGGCGAGCCUGGCCUCGCCUUGUUAACAGGACAAGAUAACGUAUGACUAGUUAACUAGUUGUUGAAAUCGAACGACGCUGCUCUUCUGUUCUGUUUGCUUGUUUGUUGUACGACUCCCUAGGAAAUCGAAAGGGCCGAGAGCUGAGAACAAGAGGACUUAGGAGAACGGAAAAGGUAGUCUGGGUUUGUUCACGCCUCGCCGGGUCAAGUGGUGGUUUGUCUGGACAAGAAAAGCAUCAGCACCAGCCUGCCGCCAUAUAUCUCUACAGGAUCUAUUUAUCUGCAUACAUCGACAUCAACAUCAGUCAGCAGCGGAACAACAUCGUCAUCAUCUAUCUGCCAUCAUCUACCAUCAAACGAGGGACGAGACCGCCGAAAGGGUAUCAUAUUAUCGAUUCCAAUCCCAGGGACUGAAAGGGAAAGGUACCUUUUGGGCUCAAAGGUAUACCAUACCAUACCUGUUACUCUCCCACACAACAAACAAGUUGCAUCUGAACACAACAAACAAGACACAGCUCGACUCGCUCGGCACUGCUAGCUGUCCACUUGACCUUCCACCUUCCUUGGAUCAGCCAAAGUCGUUGAAUCAUCGGUCUUCUUUCCCCCGAGUGAGGUUUUCAAAGGUCCUCAUCUUUCAAAAUAAUGGCCCAAAGCUCAGAACACGAACACGAACAAGCACAAGACCAGUCCGUGGACGUCUUAAUCUGCGGCUCGGGCAGUGCAGGACUCUGCGCAGCCCUCUGGCUAGCCAUUUACGGCGUCUCCUCCGUCAAGAUUCUCGAGCGGCGAUCCGGACCCAUGACCAUGGGCCAAGCGGACGGGGUCCAGUGUCGAACGGUGGAAGUCUUCGAGUCGUUCGGCAUGUCGGAAGAUCUGUUGCGUGAGGCAUACCACGUUCUCGAAGUGGCGUUCUGGGCGGUGAACCCAAACGACCCGACUGGCAAGCUAUAUCGUACGAGUCGGACGGCCGAUACACAGCCGGGACUGAGUCAUCAGCCGCAUGUGAUUCUUAACCAGGCCCGGAUCAAUGGAUUGAUGCUGGAUAAGAUGCGCGGCAUUGGUGCGAGGGACGUGGAGUAUGGGUAUACCGUUAAGAGUGUGGCUGUUGAUAAUGGUGUCGACGCCGCCGCCGAUUAUCCAUGUACAGUCAUCGCAGAGAAAAACGGCAAAGAAGAGCGGUUCCGUGCGAAAUAUGUUCUCGGAUGUGACGGCGCCCAUAGUAUGGUUCGCAAAUCACUCGGAUACAAAAUGGUCGGCGACACCACAGAUGCAGUAUGGGGCGUCAUGGACGUGUAUCCACGGACGAAUUUCCCGGAUAUUCGACGCAAAGCCACGAUCCAUUCCAACGCGGGUACGAUCCUAGUCAUCCCCCGGGAAGGAGGAUGGAUGGUUCGAUUCUACAUUGAGUUCCCCACGGGGACCAAUGUGCAGGAUGUCGAAUUGGAAGAUCUGCAUGAGAAAGCCAGGCAGGUGUUUUCUCCUUUUGAGAUGGAAAUCGCCGAGACAGCAUGGUGGUCGUGUUACUGUAUCGGCCAAAGGUUGGCGGACCAUUUCACAAAGGACAAUCGAAUUUUUCUGACUGGCGAUGCUUUUCACACUCAUUCCCCCAAGGCCGGCCAGGGCAUGAAUGUCAGUUUGCAGGAUGGGUAUAAUAUUGGCUGGAAGCUGGGGAUGAUUUUGACGGGAAAAGCAUUGCCGAGCUUGUUGACCACGUACAAUCUCGAGCGUGGCAAGACUGCUGCGGAUCUGAUUGAUUUUGAUAGGUGGUUCACCAAAUUGUUUUCGAAGAAGAAGAGUGAUGCAUCGUCGUCUUCUGAUUGGACUCCCGAGCAUUUCAGUGAAGGGUUUAUCAAGUCCGGUCGCUAUACUGCUGGUUUGACGGCAAAAUAUGAGGAUUCGCCUCUUACUUCGUCCGCACGCAGCAGGCACGAACUGGCCCAGGGUGUUGUUGUUGGUAUGAGGUUUCCUAAUGCUCAAGUGGUAAGAUUUUGCGAUGCAAAAGCUAUGCCUUUGGUCAGAGCGCUCACUGCGGAUGGGCGAUGGAGGGUUAUUUUCUUCGCGGGCAAAAUUGGUGACCCGAACACUCUGGAACGGCUGCACAAGAUUGCCGAGUACUUGGACUCCCCGACAGGGCCUGUGCGGAAGUAUACUGCGCCCACGGCCGAUAUCGACAGCUUCAUCGAACCUAUCGUCGUCUUCUCAGGCGAGAGGAUCAAACUUGAACAGGAAGACAUACCAGCAUUCUUCUGGCCUGUUACGGGAAAGUGGAAAGCUCGAGACCUGCAUAAGGCCUUUGUCGAUGACGAGAGCUAUAACUCGGGUCACGGCCACGCUUAUGAAAAGUACGGCGUAGACCCGGAUGUCGGCGCCACUGUUAUUGUCCGCCCUGAUCAAUAUGUUUCGAAAGUGAUUCCGAUUGAUGAUACAGAGGGCAUUGGCGAGCUCUUCGACAGUUUUGUAGUGCCGCAAGUGCAGAACGGUGCUCAGUCAUUGCCCGAAAGUGGCACACAACAAUGGGUAAAAGUAUGAAUUUGGGCUGCUUUCCAGACACCGAGACAUUCCUCGAUCGGGUUUGGAAGUUGGAUACGCCGUGACCUGGUAGCAGGAAUGAGUUCCGUGCUGGACGUGACUUGUAAAUGUGAGGUUCAUCAGCCAUGGAUUUGUUCUGGAUGACCAUGGCCCUGUCUUAAGUACUACUAUGCCACAGCAAUGCUCCAACGCUUAUGCUGUUGAUGACAAUAUGCUGGCCCACAAUCCAAGCGGCUGUGUACAGAUAUUUCGGCGAGAAAACGGUCCAGAUGAACAGGUGUUCACGAAGAACGGUGCAAGCGACCAUGACGGCGAUGGUGUGAACGCAGGCGAAUGUUGACAAGGACAUUAAGAGGAAACCCGAAUGGCCAUUGUUUAAACCUUCGGGGUCCACAAGUAAUUGGCAGACUGCGAAAGCCCACCAGAUCGACGCAGCCCAGUUGCUCACAAACGUCAGAACGCCCACGGCGACGACGUUGUAGCCACUGACCCCGUUGUAAGCAUUUGAAAGAUCGAUGGUAGCAAUUGAGUUGGUGCCACCCAUGGCGAAAAAUGACAAGUAUUGAAACAACAGAGACAAGAUCGUGACUUCGCCGGUCGAGUAUCUCCGCCCGCGCCGUAAGAGAGACAACUGUAGGUUGAAUAACAGAUAGAG